UCUUUCCCUCGACGCCUUCACUUCCCCGUCCCCGAUGCCAUCCGGCGCCGCCGCUGGAAUGGAGCCGGAGCCCGAACAGCCAAAGGCCGGCGCCGCCGGCGGGGCCCACCGCAAGCACCUGGCCAUGCUCGAGCGCCUCUCCAAGCGCUCCUCCUCCGCCGGCGCUUCCUCGGACUCCGCCGGCGCCUCCCCCGUCGAGGCCUUCCUCACCCGCUUCGCCGCCGCCAAGCUCGCCGCGGAGUCGGCGCUUUCGGCCUGCCGCGCAUCGUCCCCCGAAGGCGACGGGGCCGCAUCCCUGGCCGCUGCUGCGGCCGCCAUCGACGACCUCGACCGCCUCGUCGCCGAGUCGUCCCACGCGCUGCCGCCCUACGAGCUACGCGCCGCCCUCGCCACCGCCGCCGACCUCCGCGCGGCACACAGGGCCGCGGCCUCUGAGAUCCGGCCCAAGAAGUCCUUCUCCUUCAGGAACAAGAGCAGGGCCCCGAAGAACCCGCCUCGAGAUCCUGCCGCCGUACCACCACCACAGCCGAAGCCUAGCACUGACGCGGUCCUACCAGGGUGCGGGUUCCGGGGCAGGAACGGCGGCACCUUGGUGAAGGAUCUGCGAGCCUCCAGCGACAAGGAUGGGGAUUUCACGCUCGCGGAUUUGGUUUCCUGCGAGGUCUAUCUCAAGGGCAAAUGCCGGGCGCUGUAUGUCCACAAGCUGCGAGAUUGCCGUGUGUUCGUCGGUGCUGUUCUUGGCUCGGUGCUCAUAGAGGAUGUCGAGGGUUGCACUUUUGUGAUGGCAGCGCACCAGAUCAGGAUUCAUGAGGCGAGGGCGACGGAUUUUUACCUGCGGGUGAGGAGCAGGCCGAUCAUUGAAGAUUGCAAUGGUGUGAGAUUUGCACCGCAUGCUUUGAAGUAUGAUGGGAUUGAUGUAGAUUUGAAGGAGUCUGGGCUCGAGGAGGAAACUGGUGAUUGGGCCAAUGUGGAUGACUUCAAGUGGCUCAGGGCAGUGCAGUCACCGAAUUGGUGCUUGGUUCCAGAGGAAGAACGGCUGCAGACUGUUGACAUCUCGGAGAUCCAUGAACAGGAGGAUGAUAGCUAACCUGCUCUGGAGGGUUUAUUGUUCUUGAUUGAUUAGUGAAUUUUGAUACCUGUGGAGAUCAUGUUUGAGUUUGUUUAAAGCUGGUGGCUUGUAAUGUACAUGCUGAGUUCACAAUAUGAAGGAUGAAGUAAUUUGAUGUUUCUCAACAAGACUAGUUCAAUUGUUUGCAACUUUGCAUACGCAAUAUUGAUAAGAGCAGAGAGUUUGGAGAA